GGUGGCGUCAGUUAUUGGGGUUACUACGUCUCUUUCCUCCAAUCUCCGAAGACUUAAGAGUUUGAUGGCGGCAGCCGUCUGUUUCUAGAUCGAUCAGUCACGUUCUUUCGCACCUCUGUCUCUUUGGGACCUUCAUCUUCCUUUGGACCACACUUUUCGACACUUCACCUUUCUUUUCAAGCUCCAUUUCUUCUUCUACAUUCUAGGGUUCAAUCUAACAAAAUGCACUCUUACGUGAACUUUGCACUGGAUCUACGUAUCGAUGAUAUUCUGCUACGCUUUGUCCAAUCUUGAUUCUGUUCUAUGGACUCCGAGUCUCGAUCUGUCCUUGGACCCGCGGGAAAUAAAACGACGCCGAUUGUUACUCGGUUUCAGGCAUCCAAGCCUCAGAGAAAGGUUGACAAUACUAGAUUAUCAGAUGAUUCGAAGAGGAAGAAUGCUCCGAAUGCAGCUGUAGCUGAUGCACCGAAGCCAUCGUCUGUUAUGAAGCAGCAAGACCAGAAGUUUCGGAGAUCAAAAUUCUCGCCAAAUGCAUCAUGUUCUUCCGACGCCUCGUCGGAUUCUUCAUUCUGUGGAAAGAGAACAAUGUUAAUGCCGACGAGGAGGAUGAUAAGCAGUAUAAAUGCGGAAAAGGCUGACAAACAAAAUGCUCCUCAUGAUGCUGAUAGUAUAUCCGGGGUUUCAGCUGAUGCUUCACCCGUCCAAAAGAGGUGUUCUUGGGUGACACCAAAUACCGAUACAUGCUACUCUGCCUUUCACGAUGAGGAAUGGGGAGUUCCGGUUCAUGAUGAUAAGAGACUGUUUGAGUUGCUUAGCUUGUCCACUGCUUUGUCUGAGCUUACCUGGCCCUCCAUUCUCAACAGAAGACAUACUUUAAGGGACAUCUUUUUGGAAUUUGACCCAAUUGUUGUGUCGAGAUUAAGUGAGAAGAAAAUGUUAUUGCAAGGAAGCCCUGUCAUCGUCCUUCUUUCAGAGCUUAAAGUCAGAAGCAUCCUGGAAAAUGCACGACAAUUUUGCAAGAUAAUAGACGAGUUUGGAUCUUUUGACAAGUACAUAUGGGGGUUUGUAAACCAGAAACCUAUAGUUGGCCACUUUCGGUACCCUCGUCAAGUGCCUGUUAAGACCUCAAAGGCAGAUACAAUAAGUAAAGACCUAAUCAAGAGAGGAUUCAGAGGGGUUGGCCAAACUACAAUCUACUCGUUCAUGCAGGCUGUUGGAUUGACGAACGAUCAUCUCAUCUCUUGCUUUAGAUUCCAUGAAUGUUCUGUAACCCAAACUACGUCUGCUGCUCCUGAUGAGCAUGGGCAUGAGCCCACCAUCCACAAUGCAAAUAAGGUUGAAGAGAAACAACAACAUUGUAAGGAUUCAAUAGAUCUGAUGGAACAUGGGAUGACUAAGGCUAUGGAUAACCUAAGAUUGCCUGAUUUGUAAGCAUAAUUAUCUGUUUAUGCACAGCACAAGAGAAAUUAGUCUUCUGUCUCAGUAUUAUUUUAUUAUUGUUGUUAAUUUGUUGUGUAGAUCAAAUGGUUAGUAAAUUUGGCAUCAGGAAAUUAAGUUGUCUUGCUCUUUCAUGUAUAGAAGACAGUGAUAGAAUUGAUCAUUGCUUAGUUAAUAUAUAUUUGUACCUGACUUUCAAGUAUCAACAAUUGUUUAUCAUAAACAACUCUUGCCCUAAA